AUGUCUUCCCUCAAAGUUCUCAUCUCCGGUGGAGGCAUUGGCGGGCCGGCCCUUGCAUUCUGGCUGGCGAAGCUCGGCCAUGAUGUAACCAUCCUCGAGCGAUCCCCUUCUCUUCGCGUUCAGGGCCAACAAAUCGACCUUCGCGGCCAAGGAAUCGCUGUUGUCCGCCGAAUGGGCCUUGAGGGUCUCAUCCGCGAAAAGGUUGUCAAUGAAGCCGGCGUCAGAUUUGUCAAUGGCAAAGGGAAGACACAAGCAACCUUUCAAGCAAACAAGUCUGGUGUUGGCAAGCAGGGCCUUACAUCGGAAUUCGAGAUUAUGCGCGGCGACCUGGUUCGACUCCUUUUCGACAAGACGACAGCGCGCGGUGUGAAGUACAUCUUUGGUGUGAAGAUCGAGUCGUUCGACCAAGAUACAGACUCGGUGACGGUUCAUCUGUCAGAUGGUACCACGGACACAUUCGAUCUGCUUGUUGGAGCUGAUGGCCAAGGAUCCAAGACAAGACAACUCAUGCUCGGCCCCGGCGAGAAGGACCCGUUCUAUCCUCUUGGCGUGCACAUGGCCUUUUAUACUGUCCCCAAAUGGAAGACGGACGACAACUACGCCACAGUCUGUGUGUGUCCCAAGAAGCGGAUGCUUUUUUCCAGAAACGACAACCCGGAAACGACUCAGGCAUACCUUGCCGUGUGUCCGCCAGAUAAGGAGACGGAGAAGCUUCUCACCGAAACCGAGAAGAGCCGCGACCUUGUGCGGCAGAAGGAGGUAUGGUCAGAGCUCUUCAAGGGUGCAGGAUGGCAAGCAGAUCGAUUUUGUGACGCGCUCAACGAUGAUGGGGUCUCCAAUGACUUUUACUGCGUCGAGAUUGGCCAGAUACGCAUGGGCAAGUGUUACAAGAACCGCGUGGCCCUUCUUGGAGAUGCGGGAUAUGCACCCAGUGUCUUGACCGGUCGUGGCACAACUUGCGCGUUCAUCGGUGCCUAUGUUUUAGCCGGCGAGAUUUCAAAACACUGCUCGGAGUCUCCGGGAAAGGCAGCUGACGGUAUUCCUGCCGCCCUCGAGGCAUACAACAAAGGCAUUUUGGAACUCAUGAAGGAGGUUCAAGAUAUCAAGUUCAAGCCGUCUUGGAUCUAUCCUAACUCGGCAUGGGUUAUUUACAUCCUCUACACGAUCUUGUGGCUGGUAUCAACUUUUAAAAUUGACAAGAUUCUCCAGAAGCUGCAAUCAGAUGAUGUGCCGGGGUGGCAGCUUCCUGAAUAUCCCGGGCUUAUGUACGACGACGAAGCAGAAGCCAAGGAGCUGACUCAUUAA